AUGCGCAUCCUCUCACUAGCCGACCACCCGAACGUCCUCGCCGCAGAAAGCGGCGGCUACUUCUUCUACCCGGCCCUGAGCCACCUCCGCGCCGCGCGGCUGCUCGACCGGACCCCCGAGCACUGGACCGACCAGGAGACCUCAGCCAUGCAGCAGGUCUUCCAAUCGUGCUCCGACAACUUCCGGCAUCUCAUCGGCGCAGCGCAAGCCGCGGGCAAGCGGGCCGUGAUCAAGGAGCAUGCGCCCUUCCUGAUCCGUCCGGAGGUGCGGGCGGAGUUUGUGCAUGGGCGGGGGCGGCGGCGGCGGCAGCAGCAGCAGCAGCAGCCGCAGCCGCGGCCGCAGCUUAUUGCAACUCCGUCAAAGAUGAAUAUCGAGAUCGGCGCGUACUCCCACAGCAGCGCCCCGGGCAACGGCAACGAGACCGUCCUCCCCGACGAGGUGCUGCUGCAAUGCGUGCCUGCAUUCCUGAUCCGGCAUCCGGCCCUGGCUUUCCCUCCUACUACCGAUUGA